UUCGAGGGCGUAGCUAAGCAUUAAAACCAGUGAAGGAAAGGCUGGACUCUCAUUACCCACGGUUCAGGAGCUAAACUCUGGCGAAGCGUUGUCCUGAGGGCUUUUCCAAUGGCUAAAGAAUUCAAACUGCUGUGCAUCGUCUGGCUGAUUGUAGCCUUCUCAUCAGCCUUGAGUGUUUCAGCUGAGGGUGAAGUCACUGAACCCCCAGCAGAACCCACUACAACAACCCUAGAAACCACUACGACAACAGAAGCCACAACAACAACAACCCUAGAAACCACUACGACAACAGAAGCCACAACAACAACAACCCUAGAAACCACUACGACAUCAGAAGCCACAACAACAACAACAACCCUAGAAACCACUACGACAUCAGAAGCCACAACAACAACAACCCUAGAAACCACUACGACAUCAGAAGCCAAUACAACGGCAACAGCCAAUACAACGGCUACACCAGAUCCAACUGGCUCAACACAAACGCCUCCAACAACAAAACCAGUUCCUCCCACUACAGAGCGUCCAGGUCCCUGUGCAUCAAACCCAUGUGGUCGUGGCAGCACUUGUGACCCUCGUGUCAAUGACACGUUCGUCUGCUUGUGUUUGCCUGGUGAUGUCUACAAUGAAGGCAGCAGAGGUUGUGAUAACGCCAAGGUUUUCCCUGGAAACUUAGAUGUGCCUGGAAUAAAAUAUGAUGCAAAAAUGAAAAACAAGGCGUCGCAAGAAUUUAGAGAUGCCUCAAGUAAAAUUAUCAAUGCACUGUCACCAUUAUUCCAGAAGCAGAACGGCUACCUUGAGUCUAUUGUGGUUGAAAUCCAACAGGCGCCAGCAACAGCACGUGCGUCACAGGGAGAUGGUGUCAGAGCAACUGUAGACAUCAUCUUUGAAGCCAGUUCUGAAGUCAAAUCAGCCGCUGUUGACAAAGUGAUCCAGGAAGCUGUUGGCUGUACAGACUGUGUGCUGGCAGGAGGGGAAUUUAAAAUGAAAAACCUGUGUGACUCCAACACCUGUGACAGCGAAACUACCAACUGCACUUCAACAGAUGGAGUCUUUACAUGUCCCUGUAAUGACGGCUACAUCAAGACAGACUUCAGUGUCAGAAUGUGUUCUGCUUGUCCCAGUGGACAACGUUCACCAGAUUCUAAGACGUGUGAAGCUUGUUCCUUUGGAUAUUCUGGUUUUAACUGCAAGGACUCCUGGCAGCUGGUGCUGGUCAUCGUGGGCUCAGUGCUUGGUGGGCUGCUGCUCAUAUCACUCAUCCUUCUGCCCGUGGUGGCACUCAAAUGCUCAAAGAAGAGCUCCAAGAGUAACGACUAUGAAGACAUUGGGAAAUCCUACGCCGACCCGGCUCCUGUCAAGUUACCACUGGGUAACGGCACCAGACCAGCCCAGCCUGUUAACGGGUCCAGCUUUGCCGACGCCUCGGUGCCUAAAAUCCCACGGGCCACCACCAAUAACUGGGACAGCAGAACCAACUUGGAGAUGACCCAAAGCAACAGCCGUCAAAAUCUGAUCUCUGCAGACAAAAGUUCGCGGCUUUAUGAAGACCAAGAUGACCUGAGCCCAUAUGCUCAGUCUCGCCCCGGUAGCUAUGUUCAAGCACGACCCCAGAACAACCCGUACGCCCAGCGGCCCCAGGUGAACCCCUAUGCCCAGAGCCAAGGCCAGAGCAACCCUUACUACAGCGGACGGCGCUUCAACUGAUGGGGGAACUCUGCCACACUGACACUAGCCCACAUCAGCUGUCCUCCCCUGAGAGGUGCAACCACAAGCACCUUCUCUUGUUAAUGCACAUCUGUGACCAAAUAUGAGCUUGAACCCGUCUAUGAAUUUACAAGAAUUCAAAUUCUUUUACGUUUACGAUGAGUGACAAAGUGAAUGAGGUAAGUUUAUUGUUUUAAUAAAUCCAUAUGAAUCCUUCUGCAAAUCAGUUCCUAAUGUUUUUGCAUAUUUCAGUGAAAUGUUUACUAUGUACACUACUAAAAGUUUCUGUAUUUUGUUUUGUGUAACUGGGAUUAUAUUUUAUUUAUAUUUAACCUCUUUCAUGGCUGAUUUUUGCCAAUUUGCCACUGAGUAUGAAUAAAAUAAUAAAUGUUUCAUUCACUUAAUUCUUGAAUAAAACCAAUAAUAAGC